AUGCUGCUCCUUGCUAGCCAUCGCCGUCAUUUGCAACGGUUUUCGAGGACCGUUCGUUAUCGGUGGAAGAGUUUGACAAUUGGAUUGCUUCUGAUCUGGCUAACGCUCUUGUAUAAAGAAUCUAAAGAACCAUCUACGAAUACUGAACAUACUAUCACCACUCAUUCAUUUGAGCUCGAGAAUUCAUUUCGUCAGCAAUUGAGCGUCUCCCCAAGUUCCUUGACUGGACUUCGAGAACCCCUACCCAUCGAGCAAAGCAAAGCAAUAUGCACGCAGCAUAAAUUUAAACCAUACCCCCAACGAACCCCUCAGCGGAAGGUCUACGAUCUUUUUAUGAUCAACGAUGAGCUUGACUGGCUGGAAAUUCGCCUCCAUACCUUAGCUGCGCAUGUUGACUACUUCGUUAUCCUCGAGUCUCCAUACACCUUUACCGGAAAGCCUAAACCGCUUGUGCUGAAAGAAAACUGGUCUCGCUUUGCAGAAUUCCAUUCGCAAAUGAUCUAUCAUGCAGUGGAGGACAUGCCAGUCGGCUCUAGUCGGGCAUGGGACUACGAAGACCAUCAACGAAACGCUCUUUAUACACAAGUUAUACCAGGCUUGGAGGGGGAAAAGAAGGCAAAUAUUGGGGAUGUAUUGAUCGUUGCCGACAUCGACGAGAUCCCAAGACCAAUAACAAUAACCAUAUUGAGGAACUGUCAGUUCCCGCAUAGACUGACGCUCCGGAGUCAAUUUUAUUACUAUGCAUUUGAAUGGAAACACAACGGUGAAGAAUGGGCUCAUCCCCAAGCUACGGUCUACCGUGGGCCGUCUCGCACGAUCCUCCCAUACAAUCUUCGAAAUGGCGACGGCGGAAAUCCAAUAUCGAGGUUGUACGACAAGGCAGAAUUAUGGAAUGCUGGUUGGCAUUGCAGCACAUGCUUUCGCAAUAUCAGCCAGGUGCUUUCUAAAAUGGCGAGUUUUUCACAUACAAGUCUCAAUGAAGAGAAAUUCCAGGACCGUAAACGUAUUGUUGGUAGAAUAAGGAAAGGCUUGGAUUUAUGGGAUCGAGAGGGUGAGACUUACACGAAAAUACGUCCUAAUAAUGAUAUCCCGGAAUAUGUGAAGCAUAAUGGAGUCAAAUUUUCUUAUUUGAUAAACAGAGACUCGGCGGAUGCGGGGUUUGCGGAUUACGAUGUAUGA